AUUUAUCGUAUUUUCUUGAAACAAUGGACAAAAUUACUCUCUACUACUUUAAUGUUGGCGACAGAGUAACUAACGCUCGUGGUGAAAAUGUCAAAUUGCUGCUUGAGGAUGCAGGCUUAAAUCAUAAUUAUAUUCGUUUACCUAGAGGUGAAGUUUGGGCAGCAAAGAAGGCUCAACUUAUUGAUGAAGGUUUUCUCUCCCCAACGCUUCCUUAUAUUGAGAUUGGGGACAAGAAAUAUGGUAAAGCUAUCCCUAUCAUGCAAUAUAUCUCAGCCAAGUUGGGCAAUAAAUACCAUGGAUCAGAUGCGGAAGAAGAUCAUUAUCUAGCAUAUGUUGCUGAGGUUACAACCGAAUGGUAUGAAUGCUUGCGAACUUCCUUCUUUGGUACUGAUCAAGAUAAAGAACAUCAUACAAAGAAUAUCACACCUCAUUACAUUGAUCUUUUUGAAAAGUUUUAUGCUAAACACAACGGACCUUAUGUUCUCGGUGAUAAUAUCACUUAUCCUGACUUUUUAAUUUACCACCUCCUUGAUGAUGAUUUGGCUCUUUGUCGUUUAGCCGGUUCGCCUAACCUUCAAAAAUUUGUUGAAACGUUUGGAAAUCGUCCCAACAUUAAAAAAUAUUUUGCUACCCUUCCCAAAUUAUCAUCUAAAUAAAACUUAUAUAAGAAUAUAUAAACUUAAUAC